AUGGUUAUAUCCCGCUCUUCAGCUGCAUCAGACGUCUUGAAAGACAAAAUCUUAAUGAACAACAUCGCCCUUCCACUCGAGGACUUUGUCUCAGUCCUCGGUGUAGACAUAGACAGUGGUCUAAGAUUUAACAGACAUGUUAGCAGAAUCUGCAAAACAGCUUUUUUGAAAGGGACAGCCCUUCGACGCAUAUCUCACCUCCUGAAUCCUCAGGGAAUUCUCACGCUAUGCAAGUCCCAGAUCAGACCACAUCUAGAAUAUGCCUCGCUGGAUAAAAUAGAAAAACGGGCUCUCGGGCUUAUCCAGGCAGCCACCAAUCUUCGCCACAUCGACGCGCUGGAACACUGUCGCGACGUCGGCGCUCUAACGGUGCUCCACAAGGUUCAGGUGCAGCAGGUGCCUCAUCUAACCAGCCUCUGUCUCCCACCCUACGGCCGAGAGAGAAGGAAGAGGACGGUACACUCUAUUCGGCUCCUGGUGGAAGUUCCGAGGUCGCGGUCUAGCAAGCAUCAGCGCUCCUUCUCGGCCAGAACAGCGCGUCUGUGGAAUGCAUUCGCAUCCACCAUUGAUAUCGCCGAAAUGCCACGCAACAAGUGA